AUGGCGGCUGUCAAUCAAAAUAUGUUCGACGCUUGCGUCGCUAUUGAGCAACCCCAAGGCCCAACUCUGCUGGUGCUGCCGCUGAAUCUAAUCGCGCAAAUUGUCGCUUGUUUGGACGAUCCGAGCGAUCUCGCUCGUUUAUGCCGAACAUGUCGAGUACUCAAUUAUAUGGCUCUCCCUCAGCUCUACCAAAACCUCGUCUUGACCUCCUACGAUAAGAUCCGAUACGUUGGCGACCAGCCGGAGGGCAUGGGCAGCGCAAGUCCCUUUACAAUGGGACUAAAUGCCGUCAUUACGCGACCGUACGCCACGCUCGUACGGUCGCUAACUCUACGGGGUGACUGGCGGGAGCAGGAGCUUGAAGAACAUGCGCGUGUCGGACGGGUGCCGGAUUCUUCAAUGAUGCUGAAUAUCACUGUCCGGGCUGCUGUGGAUAGGAUGCGGGACUUGGAGGACUUCCGGUGGGAGCUCAGCACGAAGAUGCUCGAGACCGUGUACCUGGGGCUGGCGCAAUUGCCAAAGCUGACCUCACUGACAAUCAGGUUCCCGAGCAGUCGGCAUCCGCGCCCAACGACUGUCAUUCCGGCCCUGCCGCACUUGCGCUAUCUCAAGAUCACCAAUAUAGAUCCGAUCUGCUACCCGGACGAUAUAUCGACGAUGCUUUACAAGGCCAGGAAGCUGAGGGAGCUAAAAAUGCACUGGUCGCCGCGAAUGAGGAACAUGCAAGAGCCGAGCGUGAUGCUGCACGACUAUUUUCGGAAGUGCAUCUCAGCGAAGCAACCACUGGCACUUAGAUCUCUAGGCUUGUCGAACCUGUACGCCCGGCAUAGCGAAGACUUCAACGCCGCAUUUGAUAACGGCACGGUAGAGGAAGUAACUAUGCUUCAGGAGGUCCGCUCGGAGCUGGCCAAUCUGAACACAUUUGUGGAUAGCACAUGGCCCGCGGCCCCUCCCAACAAACCGAUGCGGCUGAAGAGUCUGAGAGCGAAUGUCUUCAACCAAAGGCAAGCUGAAUUUCUCGGGAGCUUUACCGGACUUGAGAGAAUAUAUUUGGUCAGCUCGAGUACCGUUUCCGAUAGCCUCAAUUCGCCGCGGGAGCCACCAGUGACUUGUCCAUCCGCAGCCACCCUUACACCACCCGCUUCAGAAAACACGAACUUGAACGGCUGCUCGAGAGACCUCAUAAUGUCCGCUGACUCUCCGUCUAACUUACCUGCCCUGCAAGCAAGGGUGCGAGAUACUUCAAUCAACAGCAUCGUUCUCAACCACGCCGCCACGCUCCGACAUCUGCUCCUUCCAGCCCGAUGGGCGCUCUCCUCAAGCAUAAUAGCUCGCCUCGUCCACGCAAGUCCCCAGCUUGAGCAGCUUGCUUUCGCUGCGGAAAUGUCAAGCAUGGAUACACUGGGACUUCUUCUUCCCUUUCUCCGCAACCUCCAAGCCCUGCGCCUUCUCGUCCCGACGGCCUCCUUGUCCACUGGAACAGAUGAGGCCCGCAUUUCACAACCAAAGCCUACAACUUCUAAACCAUCCAAAGACACAGACGGUCUAGAUCUUGGCGCCAGGUCAUUUGCUGAUUUCGUAGAACUGGACGAUGAGAUUCUCAUCGAAAGGCUCGGCGAAGCACUCGCUGAUCAACAACUAUUCCAACGUCUUAAAGUCGUUGGAUUUGGUCGCAAAGGGUUUGUUCUGGGCGAAUAUUAUACCGUUUCUGUGGAUCGACCACAGCCACAACCAGAGCCCCCACAAGGCGUCCAAUCCCGAACACCAGCUGCAUCCCGCGCACCGAGCGCCGAGGACAAGAGUCCGUCCUCCUACGUCGAUUUCGAACAAACGCAAAUGAAUGGCAUCAAUGCAAGCCCUCCUAGUCCUGGCUCUAAUCAAAACCAUACUCUACCAGUGACAACGUCCUCAGCGAAUUUGCCUCGACCUCAACAGAAGAAGAGCACAUUACCGCCUUCAACACUCGGGAAACGAACCCGAGAAGAAGAUCCCUCUGUCGUACCCGUCGACCAGCCGCCAGAUCCAGGCCCGUGCCCAGAAUCAUGUUCAGGUUCAAGUUCAGGUUCAUGCUCAGGGCCAAGCUCAACGUGGAACAUGAACGAAGGUCUGAAUUUUGAUAUGAACGAGUGUCUGUUGCCGGGUCCAAGGAAUCGGGCGUUGAGACGCAAGAUACAGCGCGUGGGAUGGGACGUGCUAAAGCAGUGGGAGAUCUGGGGGUUGGAUACGCAGGAGCUUUGA